ACCAUGAUCCCUCGCCCAGGAGCCGUAAUUCCGAAAGACACUAGAUGCUACAACUGCCGACAAAUGGGGCACACCGCCAAAGAUUGCAAGAAGCCGAAAAGACCGGACAACGGAUGCUUCAUCUGUUUCGAAGUGGGCCAUAUGCACCGUCAGUGUCCCAAGCGCACCGUGGGCUUUACCUUGCCAGAAGCUGAAGAAACCAUGGAUGAAAAGCCGUUUAUUCAGUUAAUACCGGAAGCCCAAUAAGCUUUUUGGGAAAGUCAUACUAUCCAUAUUUAAAUGAAGAUCAUCAGCUAAAGAAAAGUCCCUUUCGCGGAAUUGGUGGCACAUCAAUACCCACGUACGGAAAAGUAUCCUGUUCAAUUUUGUUCGAGAAAAAGUAUCACGAUUUAGAAAUAUACGUUAUUCCCGAUCUCAUCUUACCUACAGCGCUUCUCCUUGGCAGAGACGCCCUUAAAU